AAUUUCUAAGUCAAAUCAUCUACUCAGAUUACACAUUCUUGUUUAGCACUGCCCAGAAAACCCUCUCUCUCUCUCUCUCUCCCAAGAGGAACUUAAGAGAGAAGGGGUUUUGGCACAUAAUAAUGGCUGAUUCUUCUGCUUCAUACAUUCACAUGGUGCAUCAUCUAAUAGAAGAGUGUUUAUUAUUCAAUAUGAGCAAAGAAGAAUGCAUGGAAGCUUUAUCUAAGCAUGCAAACAUCAUGCCUGCCAUCACUUCUACUGUGUGGAAUGAGCUUGAAAAAGAGAACAAAGACUUCUUUGAAGAAUACAAGAACACAAGAAGGAAUAAUCAAACACAAACAGUUUCUUCUUCUUCUUCCUCCUAAAAACAUUAAUCAUCGUCAAUUUAUUCGAUUAUAAAUGCUUUCAAUUAAUCACUUGUACCUAUUGCUUUAGAGUUUGUACCCUUAAUUCGAGUUGUAUGAAUCAUGUAUAUCAAGCUUUUGUAUUAAUUUGGUUCGCGUUGUUUUC